AUGGCCCUUCUGAAGGAAUUUGAAGAUCACAUGCUGAAGCCAAGCAUCGUCGUGGUAAAUGCCAUCAUCAGUGCCUGUGGAGCGGCUACCGAAUGGCGGCAGGCAUUGCAGCAGUUUGUAGAGGCAAAAGGCCGCGUUUUGAAUCCCGAUGUCGUAACGUAUGCUGCGGCCAUGAGUUCUGUCGAAAAAGCAAACCAAUGGCAAAGAGCCUUGUCCUUGCUGGAGGAGGUUGGGCAUCAACGGGAAAAAACAAACAUAAUCGUGCUGAACGCAGCGAUUAGUGCAUGUGGUGGUGCAGCGCAGUGGCAAUUUGCCGUUCAAAUACUGAGUGAGGUCCAUGCAAGACUGUUGCAGACAGAUUUGGUCACUUACGACGCAGCUCUCACUGCAUGCGCGAACGGCAUGGAGUGGCAGAAAUCCAUCGGAUUGCUUCGCACAGUCCAAGAGACAGACAUCCAGCUCGGUGUUAUCGCCUUCAAUGCCGCAAUCACAGCUUCCGAGCGAGCAUCACAGUGGCAGGCCGCUAUCCAUCUGCUAGAGCUUGCUGGCACGGUUGUCGACCUAACCGUCGUGACCUUCAGUGCGACCAUCAGUGCAUGUGAGCAGUCUGGACAGUGGGUUGAAGCUCUCCAGCUCUUGAGAUGUAUGGAGCAGCGACAUCUAGAAGCUAAUUUGAUAAGCUACGCAUCCGUGGUCAGCUCCUGUGAGAAAGCCCUGAGAUGGCGAGAAGCCCUGGCAAUUCUGAACAAUGCGCUUCGAAACUCUGUCAUAGUAGGGUAA